CUUAAGGUAAGGGUGGAAAUUUUCUUAUUACAAGAGAAGUGGGAGAAAGGGAGGGCAAGCGGAUGAGAUAAAUAUGAUCAAUGAGAGUAUGGUCCAUCCUAUCACGAUUCUACCUCCUCCGUUUAUUCCCGGUGCGCGUGAUCGACACGACCCCUACCCUCCGUUUCGUCCCACUACUGCAUUUCCUUCUUCAACCUCACCCCCUCUCUUGUUCCCCUUGCCCACCAAACUUGAUAUUAAAAGUUGGAGACUUCUCAAAUCUCCUCUUACUACCCCGCAACUCUCUCUCCGGUGGUUCCUUAUCCUCAUCGUCUUCAUCCCCAGUGGGAGGUGGCUGUGGAGGGUUAAAACCUGGGUCGUUCAUCACAUCUCUCGGAUCCAUGCUCCCACAUAUCAACGAGUCUCAG